AUGGAGCAGAAGGGAGUGAACCGCCGGGGCCCGAGCCGGGACAGACCGGCGUCGGUGGGUGUCAGAGCCCGGGCAGAGAUGGAGACCUUGCCGAGGUCCAGCAAAAUCAAUGCCUGUCGUGAUCCUGGCUGGAGUCUCCCUUUGAGGAACCCUGGAAACCAAAGCGCGUUUAAUGGCCUUGAAUUCAAAAAGGAUAGGGAUGCUCUGGUGUAUAGACUUGGUCUUGAAUCUUUAUUGCAGGCGUAUGCCAAAUUUUCUGGUGCUCCCCUAACACUGAAUAUGAUAAAUAGCUCAUGGAGAGCUCCGAAAGGAGAUGUACCAGUCUUGAUAUCAGAAGACAUUGUUAUUUCUCAGCCAGCAAAAAUACUAAACUUCUUAAGAAAGCAGAAAUAUAAUGCUGAUUAUGAAUUGUCUGCAAAACAAGGAGCGGAUACACUUGCAUAUAUUGCACUACUUGAAGAGAAACUUUUUCCUGCUCUGCUGCACACUUUCUGGGUUGAGGCUGAAAAUUACUGCAGUGUGACAAAGCCAUGGUUUGCUUCAAGGAUUGCCUUCCCACUGAGUUUGUAUCUGCCUGGAAAGAUGUCCAGGGAAGCACUGAACAGGAUCUUGCUGACGAGGGGAGGACCUCCACUCUACAGUCUCACUGAAGUGGAAGCACAGAUAUACAGAGAUGCCAAGGAGUGCCUAAAUCUCCUGUCGAAGAGAUUGGGAACAACUCAGUUUUUCUUUGGAGAUACGCCUACCACCUUGGAUGCCUUUGUGUUUGGUUUCCUUGCACCGAUUUAUAAAGUGUGCUUCCCGAGAGUACAAUUACAAGAGCAUUUGAAACAGCUUCCCAAUCUGUGUCGAUUCUGUGAUGAUAUUUUAACUUGCUACUUCAGGUUAACUGUCUCAGGCCAUUCUCCAGGUGGACAGGAUAUGGCAGAUGCUAAUCUGCAGAAACUCACACAGCUUGUAAAUAAGGAAUCCAACUUGAUCGAAAAGAUGGAUGACAACCUUCGUAAGAGUCCUCAGCAUCCCCCUCGAAAGCUAACAAUGCUCAAGCUUGCUGCAGGUGGAGAAGAAAGUCCGUUGAAUCGUUUGUCACCUUGACAGCUUUUGUUGCCCAUACACAUGUGUUUGCCUUCAACUCUUCUCAGCACCACAGUAAAUUUUUUCAUGUGAAUGUUGUUUUGCAAGGGAAGAAUCUCUAAUAGAUACAAGUAGGGAAGAAAUACAGCUUUACAAUCUCCAGUCUACCUGUUCUAUUAAGAAAUUGCAUAGUUCAGGCUGACCACACACUAUGCUGAGGCUGAAAUAAGCAAGAGCCUUAUUCCUGCAGAUGUUAAAGUGAUGCUGUACAGCAUAUUUUGCCUUUAGCCUAGCAGAAACGUUGACCAAAAGUUAAAAUUCCACUUACAGAAUGUUCACUGUUAUUUUAUUUUGUGGCUUUUGAUUUUACUGUAAUCGUGUUACUGUAUGUGAGUGGGUAUAUUCUUGUACAUGUCUGAAAAUUACAAAGUCCAGUUGUAAAAUCAGUGAAAAGACUGGGAAGAAAAUGAAACAUCGCCCUUCAUGGCAGCUGAGAAAUGAAGAGCAAUGAGACGAAGUUAAAGAUUUGUAAUUGCCUGAACAUUUGGAUCUCAUGUUUUAAGGUCAUUUGUAUUUUUGAAAACUUGUCAUGUACUUUGAUGGGGAUUUUUGAAAACCUGUUUGUGCUGUGGAGAGUACUAUGAUGUACAAUACUAACAUUUCACAGGUACCUGGUAUUAGUCCUGUGUGAAACAGGCUUAACCUGUGCACAGCGUAAUACCACAUGCUGCAAAAGUGUUAAAGUCACAGAGGACUGGUAGAAAGCUGGAGAGUUUGAUUAGCUCCUGUCAGGGCAAGAGACUUGACUAGUAAACAUAUUGCAUCUCCAGAUUGAAAGGAACUGGUAUGG